AUGGAAGAAGGAAACCACUCCACAGUGACUUACUUCAUCCUCGCUGGGUUAACAGAGAAACCAGAGCUCCAGCUGCCCCUCUUCCUGCUCUUCCUGGGAAUCUAUGCGCUCACGGUGGUGGGGAACCUGGGCAUGAUCACCCUCAUCAGGCUCAGUUCUUACCUGCACACCCCCAUGUACUAUCUCCUCAGCAGUCUGUCCUUGAUUGACCUGUCCUACGCCACUGUCAUUACCCCCAAAAUGUUGGUGAACUUUGUAAUGGAGAAGAACAUCAUCUCCUACCCUGGCUGUAUGGCUCAAUUCUAUUUUUUCUCUGUGUUUGCCAUUGCAGAGUGCCACAUGCUGGCUGUAAUGGCUUAUGACCGCUACGUUGCCAUCUGUAGCCCCUUGCUUUACAAUAUUACCAUGUCUUCUCAAGUGUGUUGCUGGAUGGUCGCUGGGGUGUACAGCAUGGGCUUGGUUGGUGCCACGGCUCACACAGGCUGCAUGCUGAGAGUGGAUUUUUGCAAGGCUGAUGUCAUAAACCAUUACUUCUGUGACCUUUCCCCACUUCUGGAGCUUUCCUGCUCCAGUACAUUUAUUAAUGAGGUAGUAGGUAUGUGCUUCAGUACUUUCAAUAUUUUUCUCCCAACUCUGGCUAUACUUAGCUCCUACUUCUUCAUCAUUGCCAGCAUCCUCCGCAUUCGCUCCACUGAAGGCAGAUCUAAAGCCUUCAGUACUUGCAGCUCCCACAUCUUAGCUGUUACUGUGUUCUUUGGUUCUCUAGCAUUCAUGUACCUGCAGCCCUCAUCAGUCAGCUCUAUGGACCAAGGGAAAGUUUCCUCGGUGUUUUAUACCAUUAUUGUUCCCAUGCUGAACCCCCUGAUCUACAGCCUGAGGAAUAAGGAUGUAAAAGUUGCUUUGAAAAAGUUUUUUGGAAAAAGAAUUUUCUUGUGA